GUCCAGUACCCUGAGCGAUUUUACAAGCAUAACCCCCCUCCAGUCAAUCAAAACAAGCUCGCUGGCUAUUCUGAAACCCCAUAUCCGCAUUUGACUUCUUAUAAGAGCCCACAUGAAGCACAAAACCUCACCGGCAGCCAGUGCCUCUCUGCUCGACCAGAUUGACAUAACUCCAGAGGAACGUGAAUUUGGCUGGAACGGAAGCCUUAGUGGUGUCAGGGGGCUUAGUGAGCAGCAGGCACGGCGAAUCUUACAUUUCGAAAAUUCCCUCAGGCAACGCCUUGAGAUCGACAGAACCGAAGACCAUGAGCGAGAUGCGACAUCUGGCAAUGAAUUCGGAAAGCUUACCUCCGGUACCACCAAUGAGCCUUUGGAAGUAGUGGCUGCAAGGCAUUGUCGGGCAACUUGCACCCGGAACCCAUUCAGUCCUUGUAUUCUGAAGCCGCGGGCGUCACUUCCAGAGUACCAAAGAUUGGCCAGUUCGAGACUCAACCGUUCUCUGCGCAUCAGUAGCAGCCAGUCCUCUUUCUUACGGUUCAAGAGCAUCAAGAGGUCAAAGUCUGAGGAAAGCAGCUGGUCGAGUGAAUCCGACGAGUUUUCCUACCUCAUCGCUCGCGAAAAGAUAGGCAAUUCAGAUCAAACUAGCUUAAGUGAUUCCUAUACCCGGAGCCCAGGUAGCGGGGCCAAUCUAGAGAGAAGUCAUACCAAAACUGGUUUGCGUGGAAUCAUUCGAAAAUUAGGGGGAGCUCUCAGUCUGAACCCGAAUCGCUGCCACAGGAAGGCACAUCCAGACGACAAUUUUCCGGAAGAUAGCUCAUAUCUUUGUCAUUUGUCUCAUGACAUGGUUGGUUCUGCAUCCCCCUUUCCAAUGCGCCCGCCCCUUUACCUAGGUUCAAAUCAUCCAUCUACGUCGUUAAACGGGGAGUGGAUAGGCGUCAGCCGGAAAGUGGUCUCAGAAUCAAACCGCUAGUAAACUCGAUAAAUGCAGAAGCCAGAUCAGGAUUCUUCUUUAUUUAUCUCGACAGAGACGGAAGACGGAAAAAAACUGCAGAUAGCUCCAACUCUCGCUCGCACUAAAAAUAUAUAUAUUUA